GUCGGCUCCUACUCCGGGCCGCCCUUCAACUCCACCCGGGACUUCCUUUUCCGCAGCCGCGGCUUCGGGGACUCGGCGCCCGGCGGCGGGCAGCACGGGCUGUUCGGGCCGGGGGCCGGCGGCCUGCACCACGCGCACUCGGACGCGCAGGGCCACCUCCUCUUCCCCGGGCUCCCGGAGCAGCACGGGCCGCACGGCUCCCAGAAUGUGCUCAACGGGCAGAUGCGCCUCGGGCUGCCGGGCGAGGUGUUCGGGCGCUCGGAGCAGUACCGCCAGGUGGCCAGCCCGCGAACCGACCCCUACUCGGCCGCGCAGCUGCACAACCAGUACGGCCCCAUGAAUAUGAACAUGGGCAUGAACAUGGCAGCCGCCGCGGCCCACCACCACCACCACCACCACCACCCCGGUGCCUUCUUCCGCUACAUGCGGCAGCAGUGUAUCAAACAGGAGCUCAUCUGCAAGUGGAUCGACCCGGAGCAGCUGAGCAACCCCAAGAAGAGCUGCAACAAAACUUUCAGUACCAUGCACGAGCUGGUGACCCACGUCUCGGUGGAGCACGUCGGCGGCCCGGAGCAGAGCAACCACGUCUGCUUCUGGGAGGAGUGCCCGCGCGAGGGCAAGCCCUUCAAGGCCAAAUACAAACUGGUCAACCACAUCCGCGUGCACACCGGCGAGAAGCCCUUCCCCUGCCCCUUCCCGGGCUGCGGCAAGGUCUUCGCGCGCUCCGAGAACCUCAAGAUCCACAAAAGGACCCACACAGGGGAGAAGCCGUUCCAGUGCGAGUUUGAGGGCUGCGACCGGCGCUUCGCCAACAGCAGUGACAGGAAGAAGCACAUGCACGUCCACACCUCCGAUAAGCCCUAUCUGUGCAAGAUGUGCGACAAGUCCUACACACACCCCAGCUCGCUGCGGAAACACAUGAAGGUCCAUGAGUCCUCCCCGCAGGGCUCCGAGUCCUCCCCGGCUGCCAGCUCUGGCUACGAGUCGUCCACGCCCCCGGGGCUGGUGUCCCCCAGCGCGGAGCCCCCGAGCAGCUCUAACCUCUCCCCGGCGGCGGCGGCGGCUGCGGCGGCGGCAAGGGUGACCGAUGCCGCCGGGCUAGCCCUCCCCCGCGGCCCUGCCAGCUCCUGA